AGGUGUACAGGGUUGCCAGUUGAUGGGAGUGCUAGUAAGGCCAGUAGUUCAGUAUUUAAAGUACUGGGGGAGGUGAGGAAGAAGUUCAACAUCGGUGACUGCAGCUUUACACAGCAGAAUGUGGAAACUUCUCCUUGCUUGUCUUCUGGCUGUGGCCAUGGGCCAGAUACAUAUCUCUGACCUAGGUGGUUUCCCGCAUACGUACAUAGGGGAGUAUCACUUUGAGUAUGAUGAUGGCGCCAACAUUGUUAUAAUCAUGAGCGAAAUGGAAUGCUUUAUCGUGGAGGCCCCGGAUGCAACAUGGGAUAAUCUGUUCAGAAACGCACAAGAACUUUACCCUGUCGGUCAAGCGAUCGUGAAGAAAAUCGAGGCUAAGACUGGCUUACAUAAGAUAACUCUCGCCGAGUCCGUCAGCACGUACCACAGCAGACUUGAGGAGCUUCAGUGCAAGUUUAUGCCUAUCUACGUCGUGCCGUUCACUGCCUGACCACUUGAGAAGAUGGGAUUGCGAUUUUGUGCAUCACAUCUUUUGUGCCAUCUCCAUGACUCAAUUUUUCAUAUAGAACUCUUUGGGCAGAUGGAACCCAAUUCGAUCACUGUGUUUCAAAAAGACCUGCAAUAAAUUCAUCAUUCUUAUAA